AUGUCCCAAUCUACGAUGCCAGAAGAGGCAACAAAAUCAUCCACGGCCAUGGCUGUCUUUAAAACCUUGGCAGGAGUUGCCUUCUUGGCCAGUGCUGUCGCAACAUUUGUCAACAAUGGCGAUCAUGCUGCCAGUGAUUUUCCCAGGCGUCGCUUGACCAUGGUUGUGGGCGACUCGGUGCCAUCCUACAUGGAUCCUGUCAUGAAGGAUUUGAAGGAACGCAAGAAACUCUUUGACGAAACACCACCAGAAGAAGUCAAAUAUUGGUUUGAAUACACUGGACCUCUACAAAAAUACUUUUACCGCUUUUCCAAGUCGCGUGGCAAAGCUGAUUAUUUCGAAGGACGAGAUGAUUCAGGAGUCACUUCUUCUCGUUUCACCGAGGAUUAUUUGGGUGGUGAAGAUUUUGCAAACUUGUAUGAGGACAAGUCGGAGUCCGCAGCCCAAAUGAGACUCUUGGAGAACUGCUUGGCCAUGGGAUCUCCCUCUCGACCAGAUACUAAUUCACCAGUGUGGAAGGAAUGGUUUGCAAAGGAAGGGAAAGAAUCUGCUGAAGAUCGUUGCCGCAUUUUGUUUACUCUCAACACGGUGGGUGCAGGACGUGGAACUACCAUGAUUUGGGAGACCAAUCCACCUGCCAAGAAUGCUCAUGGACCAGAACAAUGGACUUCCGAACAAGAGUCUGCUGCAACUCACUUGCAGCGUAACUUUGAAGAGAUUAAUGCCAUGUGUGCCACCGGAUUGGUCGCAGCUCGUGUCCAAGUCUUGGUGUGCGAACCGAUUUCGGCCAAGUGGACUGAAUGGAUGGAUAGCUUGUUGCCAAACUGUGGAGGACAACUCUCGGACCUUGAAAAGAUCUCGCUUGGUACAGCCAAGGUUGAGGAACGCCCAAGUCCAGUACAGGUUGUUGUUGUUGCUAGCUCCAAGACUGCUGAUACUUGCCACAACCUAAAGUCUGGAUUCAUGGAGAAGCGUGUCCAAGACCUUGUUUUGGCUCCACCUUUCUUGGGCGACGCAAAGAAGAGCAAGGGGGCCAACACAUCAAUCAAGACCACACAUCCUGAUCUUAUCAGUAGUGAUGACCACGACCUUUAUGUUGGCCUCAAGUGGACUUCUUUGGUUACCUUGAGAACAAUUGGCUCGUUCUUGCAAGCUUCUGCCGAUUUGGCUGCGGCAGCUUCCUCUCCUAUCAACCAAAAGGCCGCGGCUCCAGAGACCAACGCCGAUGGAAAGAGUGUUGUUCUUUCCAAUUCUCCUUCCUCGCCUUUUUUGAUUCCCUCGUUCGUUCGAGUGUCCUAUGUGAGUGAGGAAAAUGCCAAGGUUGCGAAGUGGAGAAUGCAUGGAGACUUUUUCCACCCAGCUGCUUGGGAAAUCUGCAAGGAUUCUUUCAGUGUUGCUUGGAUUGAUCACUCCUUGUCUGGAUCUGGAGGAGUUAAUGGCUUGUGUGAUGGCGAGAGCGCUGCACAAAUGAAGAGCCGUCUUGAAAAUGUUCUUGGAACUUCCAAGGGCGACUGCGGUCAAUGGUGGGUCUACUUGACUGAGGUACAAAUGCCAACAUCACCAGAAAUCUACGCAAACGAAGUCACCGAACCCAUUGUUCAAGGUGGAAACAACCAAUUCUGGAUGAUCACGGAACGUCAACGAAGAGAAAUUGUUAAGCGUGAGGUUUGCUUGCAAGAGGCUGGGGACAAGGGAUCCAACGACUGUCCUGCUCCUCCUCAAGCCGUCAUGCCACUUGGAGACUUGGAAUCCUUCCUAGUCAACUUUACACCCAACACUGCCUUGGGCAAGAAGCACGUUCAUGGACGUCGCCCUGGGUAUUCUCGCGAGAAGGAACGCGAACACGAACGUGAAAUGGUCCGGGAACGAAAGCAACUCAAGGGACAAGAUGACAUCGAAAAGGCUCUCUUUGAUUACACCAUUUAUCCGGCAGCUCUUUUCCGUAAGGAUGCUACCCUCAAGGCUGCGCGCGCGAGAGAUGUCAUUUUGACCAAGGACCGAAAUGAAGAAGCCGUUGGUCCACAGACGGUCAAGUCUAGCUACUAUGAUGUCACCAUUACAAAGCCCCGUCCACCCGCUCUUGGAUGGUGCCAAGCCAUUGCAAGAAAGGGAUUGUGCGUUCUAUACGCCGAUUAUUUCCGAACUUCCAACGAUUUGAGGUGUUUGGAAGCUUGUGGUAUGAACAAGAACUUUACUCCAUUGGAAACUGAAGCACAAUAA